AUGCUUCGCAACGCAGCCAACGCGGCUCGCAAGGCCGUCACCGAGCUGUCGCAGUAUCCGAAGCCCGGCGACAAGCUGCACGGCUUCACGCUUGUCCGCUCCAAGCACGUGCCCGAGCUCGAGCUGACCGCCCUGCAUCUGCAACACGACAAGACGGGCGCCGACUACCUGCACAUCGCACGCGACGACAGCAACAAUGUCUUCUCCAUCGGCUUCAAGACGAACCCUCCCGAUGCUACCGGCGUGCCGCACAUCCUCGAGCACACGACGCUAUGCGGCAGCGACAAGUACCCGAUCCGCGACCCGUUCUUCAAGAUGCUGCCGCGCACAUUGUCCAACUUCAUGAACGCCUUCACGGCCUCGGACCAUACCUUUUACCCGUUCGCGACGACCAACGCCCAAGACUUCAAGAACCUCAUGUCUGUCUACCUCGACUCGACCUUGCAUCCGCUGCUCAAGCAGUCCGAUUUCACGCAAGAAGGGUGGAGGAUCGGCCCAGAAAACCCCAACGGCGAGACGGAAGAGAGCAAGAAGCUUGUUUUCAAGGGUGUCGUCUACAACGAGAUGAAGGGCCAAAUGUCCGACGCCGGCUAUCUCUACUACAUCCGCUUCCAGGACCAGAUCUUCCCCGACAUCAACAACUCGGGCGGCGACCCCCAGAAGAUUACCGACCUUACAUACGAGCAGCUCAAGGACUUCCAUGCCCAACACUAUCACCCGAGCAAUGCCAAGCUCUUCACGUACGGAGACAUGCCGUUGGCAGACCACUUGCAGGAGGUUGAUGCCAGGCUACAAGCGUUCGACAGAAUACAGGCGGAUCGUCAGAUCCACGAGCCGAUUGAGUUGAAGGGGCCAAAGGACGUCACCCUCUAUGGCCCCCAAGACCCUCUCGUCGACGCCGAUCGGCAGUACAAGACAUCCGUGUCCUGGAUUACGGGCGACACGACGGACGUGCUGGAGUCCUUUUCCAUUGCCCUCCUGUCAACCCUCUUGAUGGAUGGUUAUGGUUCUCCGCUUUACCGCGGUUUGAUUGAGGCAGGCAUGGGUUUCGACUUCAGCCCCAACGCAGGCUACGACUCUUCGGCGAAGCGGGGCAUCUUCUCCAUCGGCCUCACUGGCGUUCAAGAAGCGGACGUGCCGAAGCUCAAGGGCAAGAUCCAAGAGAUCCUGCGCCAAGCGCGGGAGACCGGAUUCGAGCAGACCAAGAUCGAUGGCGCCCUGCAUCAGCUCGAGCUGUCCCUCAAGCACAAGACGGCCAACUUUGGCUUCUCCAUGCUCAACAGACUCAAGCCAAGAUGGUUCAACGGCACCGAUCCGUUUGACUCACUUGCUUGGAGCGACACGAUCAACGGCUUCCAGGCCCGGCUCGCUCAGGGAGGCUACCUCGAGGGCCUCAUUGACAAGUACCUGCUCAACGACAACGCUCUGACCUUUACCAUGGCGCCGUCGCCCACAUUUGCUGAAGAGCUGGCCAAGGAGGAGCAGACCCGCCUGUCAGACAAGAUCAGCGAAGCCGUUGCACGGGCCGGUGGCGAGGAGCAUGCCCGGAAGCAGUUUGAGCAGCAGGAGCAGGAUCUCCUGGUGGAACAGAACAAGACCAACACCGAGGACCUCGGCUGUCUUCCCACCGUACACGUCAAGGACAUUCCUCGGUCGAUUGAUCCGGUGGUCGUCCGGGACCAGGUGCUCGCCGGAACGCCGAUACAAUGGCAUGAAGCGCCCACCAAUGGCCUCACUUACUUCCGCGCCAUCAAUACUCUCGAGAACCUGCCCGAUGACCUCCGGGAGCUCAUACCCUUGUUCACCGACAGCAUCAUGCGCCUCGGCACCAAGGACAUGACGAUGGAGCAGCUCGAAGACCUCAUCAAGCUCAAGACGGGUGGUGUUUCCGUCGGCUACCACUCGAUCCCAUCUCCGACCGACUUCCAUCAGUCCAGCGAAGGCAUCAUCUUCACAGGCAUGGCUCUGGACAGGAACGUGCCUGUCAUGUACGACAUCCUGCGCAAGCUGGUACUCGAGACCAACUUUGACAGCCCUGAAGCUGCUCUACGGAUCCGACAGCUGCUGCAGGCGUCGGCCGACGGCGUGGUCAACGACAUUGCGUCAUCUGGCCACCGAUUCGCCGUGGGCUACUCAGAGUCCAGCUUGACGCGCAGCGCGUGGUUGCGUCAACAAGUCGCAGGUCUGUCGCAGGUCAAGCUGGUGACGAGGCUUGCCGGCCGCCCGGAGACGGAUGCGCUAGAGGAUGUCAUUGGCAAACUCAAGCAGAUCCAAAAGUUUGCUCUGGCAAGCGACAAGAUGCGCACGGCUAUUACUUGCGGCUCGGAGAGCGUGCAGGACAACUCUGCGUCGUUGCAGAAGUUCAUGGGAAACCUACCCAGUGGGCUGAGCGGACUCGAGAACGCGGCGCCCCGGCAGAUGCCCAAGGACAGCAAGACCUUCUUCCCCCUCCCUUACCAGGUUUACUAUGGAGGCCUGUCCGUACCGACCGUGUCGUACACUUCCCCGCAAGGGGCGCCCCUCCAGAUCCUCUCACAGCUCCUGACGCACAAGCACCUGCACCACGAGAUCCGCGAAAAGGGCGGUGCAUAUGGAGGCGGGGCGCUGUGCAAGCCGCUUGAUGGUCUCUUCGGCUUCUACUCGUACCGCGACCCUAACCCGCAAAACACGCUGGGAAUAAUGCGAAAUGCGGGUCGUUGGGCGGUCAACAAGGAGUGGACGGACCGAGACCUCGAAGAAGCCAAGAUCUCCGUCUUUCAGAGCGUGGACGCACCCAAGGCGGUGAACCAGGAGGGCAUGGCGAGAUUCCUGUCAGGCAUCACCGAGGAGAUGAAGCAGAAGAAGCGCCAGCAGCUCCUGGACGUGACCAAGGAGCAAGUGCGGGAGGCGGCGCAAAAGUACCUCGUGGAAACGGUCGAGAAAGGGGAAGACCGCGUGGCUUUCCUGGGCGAGAAGCAGCCCUGGGUGGACGGCUCGUGGCGGCUGGAGGAGAUGAACGUCCCGGGCGCCGCCGCCGAGUAA